ACGAAGUUUGGAAACAUGGCCUCAAUUAAGGAACGAGCUGCAGCGUUGAAUCUUGAUGAGAAACUCCGUACUCGUCCACAAGUUCGUGGGUUUGUCGUGAAGGGAGCCCAGUCGCCUUCUUUGGAAAGCAGCCUCAUCUCCCACCUCAGGUCUGCUUUGAAAGUAAGGCGGCUUCGCGUCUACCUUAAGUCCCACAAUGACUGCUUCCUGGGCUCUGAGGCUGUGGAUGUUGUGGCAGAGUACAUAAGCAGCGACAAGGCCUUUGAGGGAGCCACAGCAUGCCGGGACAAAGUGGUGAAUGUGUGCCAAGCUCUGCUGGACUGUAAUGUGUUUGAGGCAGUGGGAACUAAAGUGUUUGGCAAAAACAAGAAGCAGACUGAGUUUCAGGAUAGUAAGAGUGCUCUUUACAGGUUUGUUCAUGAGCAUAUUCCCUCAGUGGAAGACUUGGAGAAAGAUGUGCUUGUGAACAGUAUCCAGAAACUCUUCUCUUGUUCUCCCUCAGAAAGGGAAGCUGAGCAGAUGUAUCCCUCUGGGCCAAAAUGUCUGAUGCCCACGCCUAUAAAAUUCUCCCAGACAUCCACUAAAGUUUCCCAGUUAGACAGUCCUGUCAGUGCCAGUUUGCCACUGGAGACCAGAGUGGAGAAUUUGAGUCUGAGUCCCAACAGAGUGCAGACCCAUUCUGUUUUACCACAGUCGGUGGUAGAUGAGGUGUGGCAGGAACAAACCCUCCUCAGGUUAUUAAACCUUGUGGAGCUCCCCCUGUUGGAGGGAGUGCUUCAGAUCAACCACAUCUCUUCCUGCUCAGCUCCAUCACAAACUAUGACUCACAAUAACCCUGACCUGAUCAACAGCAGCAACCACCUUGACAGACAGAUCCUGAAGGCCUUCAGGGAUUCUCAACACGAUGAGUGGCUUUGUGCAGCCCUGGGCUGUCUUGACUUCCUCCCUGACCAACCAGUAGUGAAGCUGAGCCGAGAGCUGCCUCUCUUGUUCCCUCAAGAUAAGCAGAGCCCUGAGCAAGCUGAUGGUCUGGCUCCAGGUAAUAAAUGCCUCUCUCAAAGUGGCACAGCUCAUUGUAAACUGCUUCUAUAUGGGACAUUGGUGAGACACUACAACACAGAUAGACCUCCACUACUUCCUGAACGAAUGACUGAUGUAUAUUCUGCAAUAACUGAACUGCUUGUGGAUGCAAAAUUGGGCACAGCUCUUGAAGCACUCCAGCUAUGCUUGAAGCUGCUGCCACCAAGCACCAGAGAGGAGCUAUGUCGAAUCCUUACAUUUAUGACAGUGGCUGCUGACGUGCAAGAGAUAAAACUGGACAAGGAGAUGGAGAACAAACUUGCAGUGAAGAGGUCUUUUUCCAGGGCUAUCCUGAACAGUAAGGCUCUGCCAAAAGAGAGAGAGGAUCUGAUGGUCGUCUUCAUGCUCAGCAACAUAAAGGAAAUCUUUAAGAUACCUGGAGCCCUGCACAAAGGUGUGAGCGACAAGCUGACUGGCCUUGUUCAGGGGAAACAGCCCGAUGUCACUGGCUGUCAGGUUUCCAGCAGGACUGACAUUGACACUACCAAGACCACAACUGAUCAGGAACUCUGGUCUUUGCUUCACAUCAUUCACCUGGACACAAAGAUCUCGCCCAAGGAGCGAAAGCACCGAUUUAGGCAAUUUUACCAAGCCCAUCCAGAGAUAUUCAAUAAUUACUUUGGUGAAUCUGCUGUUAAUAUGCUGUAG